AUGGCAGGCGGUGCUGCCAUCAACGUUUUCAAAUUCAACACAGGUAGUCUACCUAAAGAGACCUUAAACUGGAGACUAUGGUUUGCGGUCUUCACGUUUGGCAUCAUGGGUGCUGCCCGUGGUGUUGACGAGGGCCUCAUUACGGGUGUCUUUAAUUCCCACGCGUUCAAGGAGCAACUUGGCAUUGACGAUCUUGAGGAUGGUGAGCUGGCCAGUGUCAAGGGUACUAUUUCCUCGAUGGUUCAGCUUGGUAGUGUCGCCGGUGCUCUUCUUGCUUUCCUCGUCUGCGAUCGUAUCGGCCGUGUUUGGGCUACUCGUCAACUCUGUGUCCUCUGGAUUCUCGGUAUCGCUAUCUUUAUUGGAAACAACGGUAGCAUGGCUGCUGUAUAUGGCGGUCGUUUUGUUGCUGGGCUUGGUAUUGGACAAACUUGUGUUGUCGGACCAAUCUAUCUUUCGGAAAUAUCCCCGGCUCCUAUUCGCGGUCUCUGCACCUGCAUGUUUACUGGUGCUGUGUACCUUGGUAUCAUGCUUGCCUACUUUGCCAAUUGGGGUACUGAGCUUCAUAUGGCAGAUGAGUUCAACCGUUGGGCCGUUCCUACUUCAAUUCAUCUCAUGUUUGCCGGAAUCACACUCAUCCUCACAUUAUUCGUGCUGGAGUCACCUCGUUUCUACGUCAAACAAGGCCAGCGUGAGAAGGCUCUCGAAGUGCUUUGUAAACUCCGUGGCUUACCCGCCGACCAUCAAUACGUUCUUGAGGAAAUGACCGAAAUGGAUGUUGCUUUCCAGGAAGAAAUGGAGGCCACUCUCGGCAUGGGCUGGAAGGGCCUGUUCAAGGAAAUCCUUGGGAUCCGACGGAACUCGUACCGUCUGUUCCUCACCAAUCUUGCCCAAAACAUGGCUUGCUGGUCUGGCGGCUCUGCAAUCACGGUUUACGCCCCUGAUCUGUUCACCCUUGUCGGAAUUACUGGUCAAGAGCAGUCUCUCUUCUCGACGGUUGUCUUCGGAGUCGUCAAGUUUGUUGCUUCUAUAAUUUGUGCCCUCUUCCUUGUCGAUAUGGCCGGUCGCAAACGCUCUCUGGUUAUUGGCAUUGUUCUACAAACCAUUGCCAUGUUUUAUAUUGCCAUUUUCCUCAACAUCGUGCCUAUCGCCAACAACCCUGACUUUACUCCCAACGCAACCCAGAACCAAGCUUCGACUGCCGCCAUCGCAUUUAUCUACAUUUCCGGUGCCGGUUGGGCUCUCGGAUGGAACAGUGGUCAGUACCUGUUGUCCUCUGAGUUGUUUCCACUCCGCAUCCGUGGUAUUUGCUCGUCUAUCACAAUGGCCAUGCACUUCAUCUGCCAGUACGCUGUUAACCGCGCCCUUCCCGAGAUGCUGCUUGUUGAUAAGGGUCUUGGUCCUGCGGGAACAUUCUACUUCUUUGGUGUCAUUUCUUUCCUGGGUGGAGUAUGGGUUUGGUUCUUUGUGCCUGAGGCCGCAGGUCGUAGCCUCGAGACUAUUGACAAAAUGUUCGAUCUUCCCUGGUAUAGGAUUGGUCGCCAUGGAAGAAAGUUUGCCGAGGAUUACGACCGCGAGCAGGAGCAAAUCUUCCGGAACGAGAAGAUGGAUCAAGGCGCUGCUGCCACCCACCACGAAGCCGCCUAG